AUGUCAGCGCUGGCACAGCCUCAGGGAGCCGUUUGCAACCCGAAGUUUGACCAAUGCCCCUCUUCCAGUGGAAAGCCUAAUCACGCAGAUAUCCUGCUUGUAAACUUACAGUAUGUCUCAGAAGUGGAAAUAAUUAAUGACCGCACGGAAACGCCUCCUCCUUUAGCUUCACUCAAUGUUAGCAAGCUUGCCAACAAAGCGCGGACGGAGAAGGAAGAGAAGAUGAGCCAGGCGUAUGCAAUUAGUGCUGGUGUCUCUCUGGAGGGGCAGCAGCUCUUCCAGACUAUACAUAAGACCAUUAAAGACUGUAAAUGGCAGGAGAAGAACAUAGUUGUGAUGGAAGAAGUCGUUAUCGCCCCUCCCUAUCAAGUGGAAAACUGUAAAGGCAAAGAGGGAAGCGCGCUGAGUCACGUACGCAAAAUAGUGA